GGCGGGAGAGCCGCGGAGAGCUCGGGUGCGGCGCUCAGGCCGGGAUGAAGGGCUGUGGCGGCGCGGCCCGCGAGCAGCCGGCGGGGCGGUGCCUUCCUGACUGACAGUGGAGGGAGAGUCCCGAUGAUCCUCUGACUUCUGUCCGCCUGGGGCCUCAGGAAAAGACUGCAAUGUCCCAGACGAGGGAUUAUGAAUGUGACAGCCAUGAUGCUGGCGUGCAGGAGCCCCGGAUUUCAGGGUCGAGCACGAGGCUGGAGUGGGUGGAGAUCAUCGAGCCGCGCACCCGAGAGCGCAUGUAUGCCAACCUGGUCACGGGCGAGUGCGUGUGGGACCCUCCUGCCGGCGUCCGCAUCAAGCGCACCAGCGAGAACCAGUGGUGGGAACUGUUUGACCCCAACACUUCCCGCUUCUACUACUACAACGCCAGCACUCAGCGCACCGUGUGGCACCGGCCGCAGGACUGUGACAUCAUCCCCCUGGCCAAGCUGCAGACCCUGAAGCAGAACACUGAGUCACCCCGUGCCUCGGCGGAGAACAGCCCCGGGCGGGGCAGCAGCGUCAGCCACGAGGGCAGCACCAGCUCCUCCCUGGAGCCCGAGCUGGACGCCGGCGAGAAGGUGCAGGAGCCUUUGGGGAGGGCCAGCCGGCAGGCCGCUUUCGGGGCUCUGAAGGAAGAGAGCAGCAGCUCUUCACCACCAGGAGUGUUCCUUGAGAAGGACUAUGAAAUUUACCGGGAUUAUAAUGUGGAUGGACAACUUCUUCACUACAGGACCUCCUCACUUCGGUGGAACUCAGGCACCAAGGAGCGUAUGCUCAUCAAAGUUGCGGACCGGGAGCCCAGCUUCCUCUCCUCCCAGGGCAAUGGCUAUGCCCUAGACAGCCAGUCUGGCGGCCGCUCCCGCAGACCCUCUGGUGGGCAGCACUCACCCAGCCUGCAGACGUUUGCCUCAGAAUCUGAUGGCCCCGUCUUCUUCCCUGAGCGGAGGCCAUCACCCUUCCUGAAGAGGGCCGAGCUGGGGAGCUGCUCCCCGCUGCUGGCCCAGCCACGCAAGCCUACCAGCGACUCGCAGCCCUCCUCCCCACGCUACGCCUAUGAGCCCCCCCUCUACGAGGAGCCUCCCGUGGAGUACCAGGCUCCUAUCUAUGAUGAGCCGCCCAUGGACGUCCAGUACGAGGCUGGCGGGGGCUAUCAAGCUGGCUCACCCCAGCGGUCUCCAGGCCGCAAACCAGCACCCUUCCCACAGUCACCCAAGCAGGGCUCCGCCUCGCCCUACCAGCAGCUGGUGCUGACCAGGCAGAAGUGCCCCGAGCGUUUCCUGAGCCUGGAGUAUAGCCCUGCAGGCAAGGAAUACGUGCGGCAGCUGGUGUACGUGGAGCAGGCCAGCUCAAGCCCCAAGCUGCGUGCAGGCCCAAGGAACAAGUAUGCACCCAAUCCCGGGGGUGGCUCACUGCCCCUGCAGCCCAGCCCCUGCCUGCUGCGGGAUCAGCGCCUGGGGGUCUCCUCUGGGGACUACAGCAGCAUGGAGGGGCCUGAGCUGCGGCAUCAAGACGAUGCUAUGUCCUGGUCCAGCCAGCAGGACACCAUGUCCUCAACAGGCUACUCCCCGGGCACCCGCAAGAGGAAGAGCAGGAACCCCUCUCUGUGCCAUGUCCCCAGCGCCUCGUCCACCGAAGUCCCCGGGGACCGUGACCUCCUCGCUGAGCAGCCCCCGGCUGAGGAGCGGCCCCUGUGUGGGCCCGGCCUGGCCCCAGUGAAACGUGCAGAGGGCAAGACUGGCGAGGCUGAGCCCUUUCUGGCGCAGGCCCGGCUGGCCUGGGAGGCACAGCAGGCCCGCUUUCACACGAAGCAGAGAGGCAGCUGGGACUCCCAGCAGGACGGCUCAGGCUAUGAGAGCGAUGGGGCAGUGCCUCUGCCCAUGCCUGGGCCUGUGGUGCGCGCCUUCAGUGAGGAUGAGGCUCUGGCCCAGCAGGAGAGCAAGCACUGGCAGAGGGGCGCCUUAGAGAGGCUCGCUUUCCCCCAGAUCCUACUGGAGAAGAGCAUCUCUGUGCAGACCAACCUGGCGUCGCCAGAGCCCUACCUUCACCCCUCACAGUCCGAGGACCUCGGUUCCUGUGCCCAGUUUGAGAGUAGCCGCCAGGCCCGCAGCGUGAUGCCCAGUGCUAGCUGUGUGUUCCCCACCUUCACUCUGCGCAAGCCAUCCUCGGAAACUGACAUCGAGAACUGGGCCUCCAAGCACUUCAACACACAUACCCAGGGCCUCUUCCGACGGAAGGUGUCCAUCGCCAACAUGCUGGCCUGGAGCAGCGAGUCCAUCAAGAAGCCCAUGAUUGUGACCAGUGACCGCCACGUGAAGAAGGAGGCCUGUGAGAUCUUCAAACUGAUCCAGAUGUACAUGGGCGACCGGCGCGCCAAGGCAGACCCGCUACAUGUGGCCCUGGAGAUAGCCACCAAGGGCUGGAGCGUGCAGGGCCUGCGGGAUGAGCUCUAUAUCCAGCUGUGCCGGCAGACCACGGAGAACUUCCGCCUCGAGAGCCUGGCUCGCGGCUGGGAGCUCAUGGCCAUCUGCUUGGCCUUUUUCCCACCCACACCCAAGUUCCACUCCUACCUGGAGGGCUACAUCUACCGGCACAUGGACCCCGUCAAUGACACCAAAGUGACGCAGCAUAUGAAAGCGCUCCUGGAAAGGAACACUAAGAAGAAGUCCAAGUUGAGAAAGAAACCCAAGCCUUAUGUUGAGGAGCCGGAUGGGGUGGCGAUCAGCACAUAUGCCAAGUACUGCUACCACAAGCUGCAAAAGGCGGCCCUGACGGGGGCCAAAAAGGGGCUGAAGAAGCCCAACGUGGAGGAGAUCCGGCACGCCAAGAACGCUGUGUUCAGCCCAUCCAUGUUUGGCAGCGCACUGCAGGAGGUCAUGAGCCUGCAGAAGGAGCGCUACCCUGACCGGCAGCUGCCCUGGGUACAGACACGUCUGUCCGAGGAGGUGCUAGCGCUCAACGGUGACCAGACAGAAGGCAUCUUCAGAGUUCCUGGGGACAUUGAUGAAGUGAACGCCCUGAAGCUACAGGUAGACCAGUGGAAGGUGCCUACAGGCCUGGAGGACCCCCAUGUCCCUGCGUCGCUGCUGAAGCUGUGGUAUCGGGAGCUGGAAGAGCCCCUGAUCCCGCACGAGUUCUACGAGCAGUGCAUCGCACAUUACGAGAGCCCUGAGGCCGCCGUGGCCGUGGUGCACGCGCUGCCCCGCAUCAACCGCCUGGUGCUGUGCUACCUCAUCCGCUUCCUUCAGGUGUUCGUGCAGCCAGCCAACGUGGCCAUCACCAAGAUGGAUGUCAGCAACCUGGCCAUGGUCAUGGCACCCAACUGCCUGCGCUGCCGGUCAGACGACCCGCGCGUCAUCUUCGAGAACACUCGCAAGGAGAUGUCAUUCCUACGCGUGCUCAUCCAGCACCUGGACACCAGCUUCAUGGAGGGCGUGCUAUAGCACGUGGGUCCCAAGGACCAAGGAUGGGGACAGAGCCGACGACGCUCGGGUGUGCGCCCGGGCAGGCGAGCACGCCGGGAGGGGGGAGGGAACGCCCCAGCCGCGGAGGCAGCAUGCCAGGCCCCGCCCAUGCCCGCCCCAGCCCUGGAAGCCCCCAGCUCUCCCACCCAGGCCCCGGGCCUGAGGUCGCAGCCAGGGCAGAGGGGUUGUGGGAAGGGCGUCUCUGUCCGCACACCCCCCCCUCCCACCCCGCUGCCUCGUGGCCAGUUCUGUGGGCACCGCCCCGCCCACCACCGGCCGGUCAGCCCCGAGAAAGUGCCUUCUGUUUCCUGGAGCCAAGUGACACUGCCCCUCCCGGCCGGCCCGAGAGCACAUGCCACCCUCCCCUGGAGCUGGGGCUCCUGCGCUCAGCCUGGCCCUGGCCUGGACCCUGCCCGGCUGCCCCUCUUUCCUCUGCCCCUCCCCGGUUCCCCUCUGUUUCCUUCCUGGCCUGCAGCCUCCUCCUGCCCCCUGCCACCUGUGGCCUCCAAUGUGGAGACCGCGGGAAUUUGGGGGCCCCAGGGCACUGGGCUGUCCCAUCACCAGAGCAGGGCCUGGCAGACUCUCUCUGGGUAGGGAGGGGCCCCCAAACCAAAGUCCUCUGGGGUCGGGGGCAGGGUUGAGCAGGCAUUCUUGGGGCAGGGUGGGGGUGGGGGGCAAGAGUAUUUUUUUCUUCGUGUAACUAUAAAUUCAGAAUCUAUCCAGCACACCAACCCGCCUGUGUAUAGAGAUAUAGAGGGAAAGAUAUAAGAACUAAAUUUGCUAAUGACAUAGUUUUAACCCAAAUGCUAUUUAUCUCUGAGCCGUCCUAGCCUGUCCUCUGCAGAGCAAGUUGAUCUCACUCCUUCAUUUUCUUCGCCACUUUCUUGGCUCCUGACCAAAAACCAAACCCUGCCCCAUCCCCAUCUGGGACCUGCAGUAGAAGAGAGGGAAGGAACCCCAAGCUGGGGAACCAGGGAGCGCCCAGGAGUGCCCUUCCUCAAGGCCAGAGCUGCGGUUAGGAAGUACCUAGACUCUCAGUUUGUACAUUUUCCAUUUUGGAAUUUUGAGUUCCAAUUGUAAAACUUAAUUUCUCCCCAGUUUAUAUAUAUAUACAUAUAUAUAUAUAUAUAUUUUUUAGAGUUGAGUUUUUAUUUAUUAAAAACAAAAAAGCCCAGCCCUGCCGUGGCCCGGGUGUUCCCUGAGGUAGCGUCCUCAGUCGGGUGGUCUCCGGGCCUGGGGUGGGUGGCCCGGCCACAGACUCUGGCUCUGACGCAUGGACUCAAGAGGUGACAACACUUUGUGUGAAUAAAAUACAUACGGACACUUGA